AUGACUACCGGUCAAUUUGCAUUUUGUGUUUAUUGCUAUCCUAAAUUACGUUACAUAUUGGCAUUCACAAAUGUUAUCAGAUACAUUGGAGUGGGUGAAUCAGAGGAUGUUCAGCUUUUCUACUACUUUGUCAAGUCAGAGAGGAACCCAGAGAAAGACCCUCUCUUGCUUUGGCUUAAUGGCGGCCCUGGUUGCUCUGGCUGGUCUGGCCUUGUCUAUGAAAUAGGUCCUCUAAUAUAUAAUCAAAAGAUAGAGCAGUACAAUGGAACCAUAAUGCCGACUUUAGUCGUAAAUCCUCACGCUUGGACAAAGAUCUCUAGCGUGAUUUUCAUUGAUUCACCAGUUGGUUCUGGAUUUUCAUAUGGGAGAACUCCUUUAGCCUCUCAAUCCGGAGAUUUCAAGCAAGUCAAUCACAUGGUUCAAUUCUUGAGGAAGUGGUUAAUUAAUCAUCCAGAUUUCAUCUCAAAUCCAUUCUAUAUCAGUGGAGAUUCGUACUCUGGGAUUCCUAUCCCUAUUCUUGCUCACCAAAUCUCAAACGAAAAUGAAGCCGGGGUCACGCCACUAAUAAAUCUUCAGGGAUACGCUAUUGGGAACCCAGUAACAGAUGUGAAGUCUGAUGACAAUUUCGAAAUCCCAUUUGCUCAUGCAAUGGCACUUAUUUCUGAUGAACUUUACAAGUCCUUGAAGAAAAAUUGUAGAGGAAAGUAUAAGAAUCUAGAUCCAAGAAAUACAAAAUGUUUGAACAAUAUGCAAGCUUAUGAGAAGUGCGUUUCAGGGCUUCAUUUACUGCAUAUUCUGCAACCGCUCUGUACACAUGAGUCGCAAAUCUUAGAAGAAAUAAUUUCCGGAAGAAGAUCUCUGAAUGAGAAGAGCUUUGUGCCAGAUUGUCUUGAAGAUGAGCAUUGGUUUUCUCUCUAUUGGGCCAAUCAUCAUUCUGUCCGCAGAGCUCUUGGCGUUCGAGAGGGAACUAAAAGGAAAUGGCAGAGAUGCGAUUUCAACCUACCUUAUCACAAAGAUGUUGACAACACUGUUCCAUAUCAUUUCAACCUUAGUUCCAAAGGCUAUCGCUCUUUAAUAUACAGUGGAGAUCAUGACAUGAGAGUACCAUUCUUAGCGACUCAAGCAUGGAUAAGAUCUUUAAAUUUCCCCAUUGUCGAUGAUUGGAGGCCAUGGAUUGUCGAUGGUCAAGUGGGCGGAUACACCCGAACUUAUUCCAACCGAAUGACAUUUGCGACUGUCAAGGGUGCAGGGCACACAACUCCCCAGUACAUGCCUAGAGAAAGUUUUGUCAUGUUUAAAAGGUGGAUCGAUCAUGAACUACAGCUUGCAGUUGCCGUAGAUUCUGAUACCAUUCAGUUUCUUCCUGGAUUCUGGGGACCUCUCCCUUUUCAUCUCGAAACCGGGUAUGUUGGAGUGGACGAAUCGGAGGAUGUUCAGCUUUUCUACUACUUUGUCAAGUCAGAAAGGAACCCAGAGAAAGACGCUCUCUUGCUUUGGCUUAAUGGUGGCCCUGGUUGCUCUGGCUGGUCUGGUCUUGUUUAUGAAAUAGGUCCUCUAAUACAUAAUCAAAAGAUAGAGCAGUACAAUGGAACUAUGAUGCCGACUUUGGUCUUAAAUCCACACUCUUGGACAAAGGUCUCUAGCAUAAUAUUUAUUGAUUCACCAGUUGGAACUGGGUUUUCUUAUGGGAGAACUCCUUUGGCUUCUCAAUCCGGAGAUUUCAAGCAAGUGCAUCACAUGGUACAAUUUUUGAGGAAGUGGUUGAUUAAUCAUCCGGAUUACACGGCGAAUCCAAUCUAUAUCAGUGGGGAUUCGUACUCUGGGAUUACUAUUCCUAUCCUUGCUCACCAAAUCUCAAACGAAAAUGAAGCCGGGGUCACACCACUAAUAAAUCUUCAGGGAUACGCUGUUGGGAACCCAGUAACAAAUCUCAAGUCUAUCCAUAAGUUUGAAAUCCAAUUUGCUCAUGCCAUGGCACUUAUUUCUGAUGAACUCUACAAGUCCCUAAAGAAAAAUUGUAGAGGAAGGUACAACAAUAUAGAUCCAAGCAAUACAAAAUGUUUGAACGAUAUGCGAGCUUAUGAGAAGUGCGUUUCAGGACUUCAUUUAUUCCACAUUCUGGCACUGCUCUGCUCACAUGAGUCACAAAUCUUGGAAGAAAUAAUUUCCGGAAGAAGAUCUCUUAAUGAGAAGAAUUCUGCGCCACAGUGUCGUGAAGAUGAGCAUUGGUUUUCUCUCUAUUGGGCCAAUCAUCACUCUGUUCGCAGAGCUCUUGGCGUACGAGAGGGAACAAAAGGGAAAUGGCAGCGAUGCGAUUUCGACGUACCUUAUCACAAAGAUGUUGACAACACUGUUCCAUAUCAUUUCAACCUUAGUUCCAAAGGCUAUCGCUCUUUAAUAUACAGUGGAGACCAUGACUUGACGAUACCAUUCACUGAGACUCAAGCAUGGAUAAGAUCUUUAAAUUUUCCCAUUGUUGAUGAUUGGAGGCCAUGGAUUGUGGAUGCCCAAGUCGGAGGAUACACCAGGACUUAUUCGAAUGGGAUGACAUUUGCGACUGUCAAGGGUGGAGGGCACACAGCUCCUCAGUACAAGCCUAGAGAAAGUUUUGUUAUGUUUAAAAGGUGGAUCGAUCAUGAGCGACUGUAA